GGCGGCGGGAUCAGACGCGUCGGGGAUGCGGCCGGCGCUCGUUACGAACAAUAUUCCGAUACCACCGCGCCAAUCUCAAAGCCGAUUAUCUAGGUCGAUGAACAAUAACACAACGGCGACAAAUUAUAAAAGAAAAAUAUAAAAGUGACGUCAUCGUGAACAAAUUGUCGAUAAAAACAGUGAUCAGCCAAAGUUUAUGGUCGUUUACAGAAAGCGUUAAUGGAUAGUAAUGUUUUUCUGAUAUUUGGAAUGACUAAAAUAACAGGUGUUGGUGGCGGUGGGUGGCGGGUGACGGCGCUGGCGCGACAGCGGAGCGCGGUCACGAGAUGAGCGUGGCGAGCGCGCCUCCGCCGUCCGCCGCCGAGGCGCUGUCCGCGUUGCUGUGGCAGCCCUACGAGUGCCGCUCGCCGCCCCUCGCGCGCUCGCGCACAGACACCGCGCUACACCGCGCGGGGGGCGCCGCCGACCAGUCGCCAACCGGCGGUCGACAUGCGCGCGCGUCAACCCGCGCUUACAUCGAUAUGCGGCUGCCCGUGCCCGCGCCCGGCCUGCGCAAGUCGGACUCGGUCUCGGUGCGCGUUCCGGGCGAGCCGAGCCGACAAAACGUGUCCAGUGUGAACGUGAACGUGAACAUAGUGGAGGUGCAGGAUGCACCCGUGAAUGUGAACAGUGCGGUGCAGACGGAGAGGGAGCGGAGUGUGGCGAGUGCAGAGUGCCAGACGGAGGAGCCAGCUCGGCGGCGGCGCAUGCGACGUGCGCGAGCGCCGCGGGUGCCCGAGCUGCUGGAAAAUGUGCCUCCUCCUCCGUACAGCACGCUGCCACCGCCUCCGCUGCCGCACCCUGUACCGGUGCACCCACCGGCGCCCAUAUUGGCUCCGCACCCGCCAGUGCACCCACCCGUGCAUCCGCCUGCACAUCGCUUCCCCUUCCAGCCAAUUCCUCUCAGAUCAGGCAGAGGCGCAGCGUAUGCCUGUUCAGAGGGUGAAGGCAACGCACCCAAGUCAUGUUGUGGCCGGCCCCCUCUACGGCUGUGUGUGCUGUUCCUCGGCGUGGUAGGAGCCUGCCUGGUCGCCGCUGGAGCGGUCCUCGGUGCCCUCAGGCCUCAUCCAAGAGCCCCACUCACUUUACUUCUACUCAUGAUAGGUAUAGGAGUAGUGUUAGUGACGGCGGCUGGACUAGCGUGGAGACUAGGUGCACGAGACGCUCCUUGUGCGUUGCUAGGGCUGCGCCGCGCCUCAUGCCGGCGGCUCGUGCCUCGACUGCCUCCGAGCUACGCACGACCACAUCACCCCUACGCAGCCAUGCUUUACCCAGAGUUCCACUACAGGCCGCCACCUCCCACCUAUCAAGCCUCAAUGCAAGAAUACAGACUCAGUAACGAGGCUUGGUGUCCUAGAAGGCCAAAUAGAAGAAACUUUGAGGGCAGUCCUAGCUCCGCUAUAAGACCUGUAAGCUGUCAGGCCUCAAUGCAAGAAUAUAGAUUUAGGUUACUUCUGUUAGACAGAAGUGCGCCCGCCGUGUCGCCUCCACCAACAUACAGAUCAAAUUCAGCCAGUCUAGUCAGCAGAGGAUCAACUGGCGCAGCGUGGUGCGGCUCUGAGUACAGCGGGCCGCCAUCAUACCGCGCCCCCCGCGCAGACCCGCCUGUCACCGUCACCGACAACCUGCCCACCAUCACCCCCAUAGACCUCAAAUACGUUGACAACACCAUCGAAGCAUUACCCAAACCCGAACAAGAGAAAGAUCCCGACGAACAUCUCGUCACUAUAGUACACACAGACUCACAGCCCGUCAUAGUAACCGUGUCUGGGUCCCCCGCACUCAAUGACACACACACACAACCGCCUUCAGAAAUCGACAUACUAGCACACUUAUAACGCAUCAAGCAUUAGCCAAUACACGAACUUUACGUUCUAGUAGGAAUAAACUAGACAAACCCGAUCUGAGUGCGGCUGCACUGACAUUCCUGAUUGGGAGUUGUGUGCGAGCGACCCGAAGGCUUGUGAUUGUAGCAACGAUUGACGUGAUCGAAACGAUGUACCUACUAGUGGACAGAAAGUAAGCGAAAAGUGAUUUAAUAUAGAAGUGAAACUGUUGAUUAUUAUGAACAAUAAUUAGCAAAUGAACUUAUAUUAUUAGCUAUUAUAUUCGAGGCAAGAUAAUUUUGUUUUGAAUGAAUAUAAAAGAACUUGCAUUUCACAUUACGUUCUCAUCUAGCUGCACUAGAUAAUGAAAAGUAGACGAUUUCAUUUAAAUAAUUUAUUCUCGAGAUAAAUGCUUCAUUAUACCUACUGUAUAAAGAUAAAGUUUUAGUGCUCAUUCAAAACAAAAUUGUGGUUUUUAUGUUUGUGUAUAACUCUUGUUUUAAAAUGUAAUGGUUUGAAGUACCUUAUUUUAUUAUAAUAAGUAUUGUGUAAAUAUUUAAAAGCACUGACGUAUUUUUCGUUUGAAUAGUGUUAUAUUUAACAAAAUAUGUGCCGUGUAUAUACAAUUGAUACAAAUUAUAUUAGGAUUAAAUAUGAAUACAGACGUAGUUGAUGCAACGAUCGAUUUAUUGUUGAAACCAAAUCCUUCACCGAGAUGUACAACUAAGGACAUUGUUAUUCAUGUAGUGCCAAUGGUUGUUUAUUAGUUUUUGUUGUAAAUAGAUAUACAUAACUGUAAUAUUAUUCUGUUCUAUAAAUGUUUGCUUGACAACUAACAUAUUUAAACACGAAUCAGAUAUUAACUUUCUAGCUGCCGUCUAAAAUCUAGGUUCAUUAUCAUGUGACGUCAUUAAAACCUACUUUGACGUCUCCUGUAUAGCUUUCUAUGCACAAUAACUGUUCAGAACAAUACGCCAGUUCUAUUGUUAUAGCUCUGCAUGAAACCUACCCAUACAAUUAUGUAGGUGUCCUAUAAACUCAUUUCAGCUGCAAUUACCCUACAAUUUUAUGACUUCCUUAGUUUCAUUCGCUUAGUUUAAUAUUUGUAUUUAUUUUGAUCGCAUUAUUAUAAAUUAUUGGUACUAGAAAGCUGAAUAGAUUACUGUGAAAAUUGAUAUUAGAUAAAAAAAAAUUAAAUGUAAGAAAAAUUAAAUUGGUAUGAUCGAGUUUGAUCAAUGUAAAUAAAAGAGCGAAUGAAUAAAAUUACGUGUCAUUUG